AUGAGCAGGGAAAAGGGGUGUGAGACAUUGAUGGAAAAAGAUGGAGGAAAUCUUAUGGAGAAAGGGCGGGAGAAAUUAGCGGUAGAAAUCGUGGGAAAGGGCGGCAGAAAGGGCGCCUACCAGGUGUACGCGCAGCCCGUGUUCGUCUGCUACGAGAAGAGGCUCCGGACCCGGUACCCGGACGCGACUUUCUUCCACAGGGAGCUCGUGGUGCGGCUGCUGGGCCGCCGGGGCGCGCCGCGGUUGACCAUGUGCAAGCUGGUGCUGCGCACGGCAUUCGUUGCCGCCACCAUGGUGAUGUCGCUGAUGUUUUCCUUCUUCAACGCCAUUCUCGGCCUACUUGGCGCCGCCGCCUUCUGA